AAGAUGGAUUGGUGCCACCAAGAAUACGCUUGGCUAGUGCUCGGCUGGAGUCACGGCGUGAUCGUCGGUAAAAGGGCUCUGGGACUACACGCCGUAGCCCCCCGCACAACCCAGAGGCGCGGCCCGCUGCGGCCCCACGCCUAAACCAACUUCCCCAGCGCGCGAACACGGGCGCGCUGGGGCUCGCGACCGAGGAUAAGCGUUAUCCUCAAGUGUAUGGCUUCGGGAGGCUUGAGCCCCGAGGUCGCGGCCCGCUUCGCCGCGGCCGAAGAAAAUGAAGCAGGAGGAACUUGGGAAGUGGCCCCCCACAAGGAGACGCCGACCAAGAGCCUAGGCGCGCAAAAACUAUUGAGCCUCUUCGACGAGCCCGAGGAUCUCAAGGCUGAGCCGGAGCCGGCGAUCCCCCUCGAGUUCCAGGGCGAGGACCUCAAGGCGGAGCAGCCGGCGCCGCGGGCGGCGAGCGCGUACCGCCCGGCGCUCGCGCUCUGGGCGCUCGCGGGUUUCACCGCGCUGACGAGCGCGGCGGCCUUUAUGUGCGGCCGCCGCGGCGGCGCCAAGGCCGUGUGCGGCCAGCGCAUGGUCACGGUGCCGCGCGGCCGCGCGCGGCGCCGCGUGCUGCUCGGCGACGACGACGACGCCAAGGGCCUCGUGGUGGCGCCGCCGCCGGCGCGCGAGCUCUUCUUCCACAAGGUGCUGCGCCACCAGGACCCGGCCAUGGACCCCGCCGACGCCGUCGCCGUCGUCGCCGCUUUACAAGCGAGAGGCGGCCGCCUCGCCGAGGCGGCGUCGGUGCCCGAGGCCGAGCGCGAGGAGGCGCUGGCCUCCUUCGAGAAGGACUACGGCGCGGCGUCGCGCGCGCACGUGCUGGACGUGCGCGCGCACGUCCUCGGCCGCGUCGCGGGCGCGCUCGACGCGCAGCCGGACCUCGACCUCGUCGACGCCGUCGAGGCGGGCGCGGCCGGCGGCGCGUACGAGCACGCCUACGAGCGCGCGGACGUGGAAGCCGGGCCCGUCGCGACGGCGGGCGGCUUCCUGCUGAACCUGCGCGCGCACGUCAUGCGCGGCGCCGACGGCCUGCUCCACCAGAACCCGGCCAUGGACGUCGAGGACGUCCUGGCCGUCAAGGCCCGCGCCAAGCAGGCCAAGCUCGCGGCGCGCGGCGUCGGCGUGCGCCGCUGAGGCCCCGCUCCGCGAGCAGCGGUUCGUGUUUUGUGUUUUCGCGGCCGGAAGACGUCCGGCCCCUUCCCUCGUGCGCUCCGUUUUAGGACGGCAGCCGCAGCCGAACCGCGUUUCCCCUUCCCCUUCGCCCGAACCCCCACUCCCCACUUGUGUACUACCAUCCAAGAAACGUAGUCUCGUUCCGAGUCAAGGUUCGCGACGGCCGGUGAGCGGACGUCGCAGCGACGGCGUCGAGAGGGCAGCGGGCAUGAGGUUGCGGCGUCCGACGUCGCUUCAUCUCUACGGACCGACGGCGUAUGGGGCCAGGUGGCUAGGCGGCCUAGCUCUAAACAAAGCAAAUUAA